GGCGGUGCUCGAUACGGAAGUCCCUGGACCAGCUUCGGUCACGUGAGAGAAGGUUCCACACAGAGCUGCCGCUCAGGAGGCAUGGCACUCUGGCGAGCAUACCAGAGGGCCCUGGCUGCACAUCCGUGGAAAGUCCAGGUUCUGACAGCUGGGUCACUGAUGGGCGUAGGUGACAUUAUCUCACAGCAACUGGUGGAGAGGCGGGGUCUCCAGCAACACCAGAUAGGCCGAACCCUGACCAUGGUAUCCCUGGGCUGUGGCUUUGUGGGCCCUGUAGUUGGAGGCUGGUAUAAAGUUUUGGACCACUUAAUCCCUGGCACCACGAAGGUGGAUGCAGUGAAGAAAAUGUUGCUAGAUCAGGGGGGCUUUGCCCCAUGUUUCCUAGGCUGCUUUCUCCCACUGGUAGGGAUACUCAAUGGAAUGUCAGCCCAGGACAAUUGGGCCAAACUGAAGCGGGACUACCCUGAUGCCCUCAUCACCAACUACUAUCUCUGGCCUGCUGUGCAGUUAGCCAACUUCUACCUGGUCCCCCUGAAUUACAGGAUCAAUAGUGAUGAGGCCUGCGCCAAAGCCUCGAACCCUCUGUGGCAAUCCCGGGGCUCCACAACGGUGUCUUCGGGAGGACGUUUCCGCUGCCCAUCUUGUCGGCACGAGGUUGUCCUGGACAGGCACGGGGUCUACGGCCUGCAGCGGAACCUGCUGGUGGAAAACAUUAUUGACAUCUACAAACAGGAAUCCUCCCGGCCACUGCACUCCAAGGCCGAGCAGCAGCUCAUGUGUGAAGAGCACGAGGACGAGAAGAUUAACAUCUACUGUCUGAGCUGUGAGGUGCCCACCUGCUCUCUCUGCAAGGUCUUCGGUGCCCACAAGGACUGUGAGGUGGCCCCUCUGCCCACCAUUUACAAACGCCAGAAGCAUCAGCUGGUUAAUACAUGA